GAAGUCGCCCUGUCACGUGACGGCCCUCGCGCAUGCGCUCCUCGCUCGCCUCCCUGUCAGCAACAGCAACAGUGAAGCCGACCACCAGCAGCAAAGCAGCAGCAGCACACGUCCAGUCAACCGCCAGUCUCGCCCUUCUGUCGGCAGCCGCUUCACCCUCGUCGCCCUCCCCACCUCCGGCCGGCUGUGAGAGGAUGUUCGAGCCGAGGAGGAGCUCUUCCGGCGAAUGACGACGAGUUAUGGCCCAGCGAGAGCUGCUGCUGCUGCCGCCGCCACCACUUGGGCCGCGGAGCGAGUGAAAACGGCGACAAGGGGCAGGGCAGGACCGCCGAACCAUGUUGCUGUGAGUUGUGAGCUGUUGCUGAGCAGGGGAGGAGGAAGGAGUUCGCCACACAUCGCGUCGGGGGGCCGCCGCCAUGGGCAACACGGCCACCAAAUUCCGUAAGGCGCUGGUGGGUGGCGACGAGGCAUUGGCCUGGCAGCUGUACGAGGGCAACCCGCAGUUCAGGGACGGUUUGGACCCCAACGCCUCGUACGGAGAGCAGUACCAGCACAACACGCCGCUGCACUACGUGUGCCGCCAUGGCAUGACGCGGCUGCUCAGGUCCUUCUUGUUCAGCAAGGAGGGCAACCCCAACAAGCGCAACGUGCACAACGAGACGUGCCUCCACGUGCUCUGCCAGGGCCCGCUCAUCCUGCUGCUGCCCGAGGGGGCGCUGUCGCCGCGCCUCGCCCGGCCUCAGCGCGAGGAGCAGCGGCGGGCCGACUGUCUGCAGAUGUUACUGCGCUGGACGGGGGCUCGGCUGGAGGGAGGCCAGUACGAGAAGGCCAACGUCAACGCGACCGACAACCGCCGCAGCACCUGUCUACACUACGCCGCUGCGUCGGGCAUGAAGAGCUGCGUGGAGCUGCUCAUCCAGAGCGACGCGGACCUCUUCAUCGAGGACGACGACAAGCUGACGCCGUGCGACCACGCCGAGCGCCACCACCACACCGAGCUGGCCCUCAGCCUGGAGUCGCAGAUGGUUUUCUCCUCUUCCUCGCCGGGGCCCGUGCCGCCGCCGCGGCCGUCGCACACCAGCGCGGACACGCGUGGCGAAGGCAAGCUGCUGCAGAAUAAAGAGCCUUACGAGGGCUUGAAGCUGCAGGACCUUCGCCGACUGAAGGACAUGCUGAUCGUGGAGACGGCCGACAUGCUGCAGGCUCCCCUCUUCACUGCCGAGGCCUUGCUGAGAGCGCACGACUGGGACAGGGAGAAGCUGCUGGAGGCGUGGAUGUCCGACGCCGAGGGCUGCUGCCAGCGCUCGGGCGUGGCCGUGCCCACGCCGCCGCCCAGCGGGUACAACGCUUGGGACACGCUGCCCUCGCCGCGCACCCCCCGGACGCCGCGCUCGCCCGUCACGCUGACCUUCACCUCCCCCACGGACAGCUGCCUCACGCCCGCCGACGAGGGCCUGGCCACGUGCGGCAUCUGCCUGUGCUCCAUCUCCGUCUUUGAGGACCCCGUGGACGUGUCCUGUGGCCACGAGUUCUGCCGAGCCUGCUGGGAGGGGUUCCUGAACGUGAAGAUCCAGGAGGGCGACGCGCACAACAUCUUCUGCCCCGCGUACGAGUGCUACCAGCUGGUGCCCGUGCACGUCAUCGAGAGCGUGGUCUCCCGGGAGAUGGACCAGCGCUACCUGCAGUUUGACAUCAAGGCCUUUGUGGAGAACAAUCCGGCCAUCCGCUGGUGUCCGGCGGCGCGCUGCGAGCGGGCGGUGCGGCUCACCCGGCCCGGCCCGGGCGAGAGCGACCCGCACGGCUUCCCGCUGCUGCCCUCCCCGGCCGUCGACUGCGGCAAGGGCCACCUCUUCUGCUGGGAGUGCCUCGGCGAGGCCCACGAGCCGUGUGACUGCCACAUGUGGAGGAAGUGGCUCCAAAAAGUCACCGAGAUGAAGCCCGAGGAGUUGGCAGGUGUGAGCGAGGCUUACGAAGACGCCGCAAACUGCCUCUGGCUGCUGACCAACUCCAAGCCAUGUGCCAACUGCAAGUCCCCCAUUCAGAAGAACGAGGGCUGCAACCACAUGCAGUGUGCCAAGUGCAAGUACGACUUCUGCUGGAUCUGCCUGGAGGAGUGGAAGAAGCACAGCUCGUCGACGGGAGGCUACUACCGCUGCACGCGCUACGAGGUCAUCCAGCAGCUGGAGGAGCAGUCCAAAGAGAUGACUGUCGAGGCAGAAAAGAAGCACAAAAGCUUCCAGGAGCUGGACCGCUUCAUGCACUACUACAGCAGAUUCAAGAACCACGAACACAGUUACAAGCUGGAGCAGAAGCUGCUGAGGACGGCCAAGGAGAAGAUGGAACAGCUGAGCAGAGCCUUCAUUAGGCGUGAGGGCGCCCCGCCCGACACGCGCUUCAUCGAGGACGGCGUGAGCGAGCUGCUGAAGACGCGGCGCGUGCUCAAGUGCUCUUACCCAUACGGCUUCUUCCUGCAGCAGGGAAGCACGCAGAAGGAAAUCUUUGAGCUCAUGCAGACCGACCUGGAGAUGGUGGUGGAGGACCUGGCGCAGAAGGUGAACCGCUCCUACCUGAGGACGCCGUGCCACAAGAUCGUCAGCGCCGCCCGCCUGGUCCAGCAGAAGCGGCAGGAGUUCUUGGCGUCGGUUGCCCGCGGCGUGGCGCCCAAUGACUCGCCCGAGCCCCCGCGCAGGAGCUACCCUGGAGGAUCGUGGGAUUGGGAGUACUUGGGCUUCGCCUCCCCUGAGAUGGGCAGUCGUCACUCUGUGCUGGGAGCAGGAGACCAACGGGACCGAGCAUCACAGGAUUUCGCUGACAUUCAGUACCGCCGGCGGCACAGAGCGCGGCGCAGGGGAGACAUGCUGAAUCUGCACAAUCUCCGGAGCAGCAGCAACACGCCCGAGAGCAGCAGGAGGAGCGACAGCACAGAAGGUCCAGAGAGGAUCGAGGGCCGGCGUAGAGCGCUGGGCUCCCUGGACGAGGACGACCCCAACAUCCUGCUGGCUAUCCAGCUGUCUCUGCAGGAGUCUCGGCGAGAUCGAGGCCCCGAGGGCGUCCCCGCGGGCGUCCCCGAGCCGGAGCGCGGGCCGCAGGGUUCCGCGGCGAUUCCCGGCGACGUCCCCGACAGCCCCGCGGGAGCGGCCAGGGGCCCGUCCCUUCCGGAACCGCCGCGCCCUCCCCACAGGACAGACUCGUCUGGUUGUUCUUCUCAGACGUCCGUGCCGCCGCCCGCCGCCCUGCCCCUCCCUCCUCCGCCUCCCCCGCUCAGCGCCGAGCUGCUGAAGCUGGGGGACAGCCUUAUGAAACUCGGGAACCCGUCUCCUCCCGACUCGGACCCUCAGAGUCACUGCCACGCGAGCACGCGUCCGCCCGAGGCCGAACGAGAGAGUCCGUCCAACUACGCUCUCCGACGCCCCCCCGCCCAGUUGUGCCUCCCGUCUCCGGAGCUCGAACCCGAGCUGCUGCUGCUGUCGCCCGUCAUCCCGCCGGGGAGGCCUUUCACCCCCAGCGACCCGCAGAGCCUCGAGGCCCUGGACCCCGCCGCCAGCGCCCAGCUGCUGGACAACAUCAUGGCCUGGUUCAACUACAACAUCACCCCGCAGAACAACCCCCAGAGCCUGGCCCUCAUCCCCUCGCCGCCCACCACCGAGAGCGACUCAUCCCCGGACGCGCUCUCCGAGACCCUCGCCGCCGCCCGGCAGCGCCCGGAGGGCCAGCCGGACCUGGCCCGCGGCCGCCCCAGCAGGCCCGGCACGCUGGGGCUGGACAACACCGCCGCCGAUGGCGAGGAGGACAACAAAGAGGAGGAAGGCACCGAUGCGUUGGCGGAUGCAUCGCCCCGCGAGGACACCUCCGCAGACUUGGACCUGGUCCUCCAGCUGGAGGUGGGCGAGUCCCCUGUGGAGUGGGAGGAGAAAGUCCACUUGGUGUGAAGCGGAAGAAGAUAGCUGCUGUUUACUGUGUGUAUUAUUCUGAUGAUGAUGAUUAUUAUUAUACAGUCAAGCCUCAGUUCACGGGAAAAAAAAUCGAUUUCUGAACAAGAUUUUCCAACAAAUCUUGUGCUCCUCCCUACGUCACAUAUUUCAAAUACAGGCACAGUUUUCACGGUGAAAAGUGCAAACGAUAGUGCUCUUUGGAAGCCUAAUCAUUUUAGCAUUGGAAAUAAGAGCUAAACAUGAGGAUUGUUUCUAUUUCUGAUCUGGCUACCCAGUUUGGUUUGGCAAAAUCUUCAUUACAAAGUGUGCUGUUCAACUUAAACCCACGCAGAUCAUUCUAUUUCUAUUCAUUUAUUCAAUGGAAAACAUUUAAAUUAUGUUUGUGUACUGAAGUUUGACUGUAAGUAUUAUUGUUAUUAUAAUAAGUUAUCUAAUGAGGUUGUUGAGCCCCGCAGCAAAGAUGUCACGGGCAGGGUGUUCUUUUUUUCUUUUCUUUUUUUUUUUUUUUUAACUUUAAAACCUUUCUUCUUUAAAAAACAAACAAAAAUCAAGGCAAAGCUACUGAGGUGGUCACAGAUAAUCAGGUAUUUAUUUAUUUUAAUUUUAUAUUUUUAGAAAACUGGCCACACCAACGGUUGUAUAUUUUUUAUUUAAUUACAAAUAUUUAUUUUACUUAAUUACUUAGUUUUUUUGUAUUAUAACUAUAAUUAUUUUCACUAUUAUUAAUGCUACCACAGCAUUGCAUUCAUUUUGUUUUACAUGGUUUUUACACGCCUUAUAAAUGUACAAAUAGCUAAAAAGAAAUAAUAAUAAUCUCCAUCCCCAUGAACAGUGCAAAGCGGACAGGUGGCGCUGUUACACUUUAGCCAAUCAGAAACUCAAAGCAGGUCACAAUUUUAAAAAUAAAACUUGAGAUAAUGGUGCAUGUCACAAACAUGAAAAACCAUCUCCCCAUCUACUUUCGUAGAAAAGCAAAAGUUGCAAAACUUUGAGAAAAUGUCUAAAAUUCAUAGAAUUGUAUUGAUUUAUUUAUUUUUUCAUCUGGAAAGAAAUCUGAAGAAAGCCGUUCAAGAAAAUGAUCGAAACUGAGAUUGGGGCACACGUAAAAAAAUAACGAGAUGUUCCCAUUUUCACAUCUACAUCAAAACAAAAAAUCUUUUGGGGAAAAAAAAAAAGACUGUCGACAUUUUUAAAUCUUUUUGUAAUGUUUGUGGAGGUUUUUUUUUUUUUUUGUCAGUUUUGAUUCAUAUUACAACAACAGGUGGUGCUGUAACACUUAUAAUUCAAAGUCCCUUCGUAUUAGCCAAUAAAAAACAUGAAGAAAUCAAUUUAUGGAAAAGGAACAAUAACCACAAAACCGCAACAAUGGUGUAUGUUACAACUACAAAAUAAUGCCCAAUUUUCUUACUGACAUCCCCCAAAAUAUUUUUUUAACUGUGAAAAUUUUUCAAAAUUUCUGUGGAAUAAUUUUUUUUUAAAUACGUGUGUUUAUUGAUGUUGCAUCCAUUUUCGAUUUAUGUUCACAAAUAUGGUUCAUCACCUUAAAGGUGCACAAAAAAAAUAUCCAUCUAUGUAAAAAGUGCAUGCCAAAGCAACAGAUGGCGCUGUAACUUACAGUCCAAAAUUCCGUUUUAUUAGCGAAUCACAAACGUGAAGAAAGCCAUUUUGGGAAAAGACACAAAAAAACUGGAUAAUCCCAAUUUUUUUAUUUAUUUAUUAUUAUUUUUUUACGUGAACAAUUUCCAAAUCUUUUUAGAUUUUUUUUUUUUUUUAAUACCUGUGUUUGUGUGGACACGGCUUCGAGUGUUUGCUCAAUGGCGUUUCGGUGCUUAAAUCCAAACAAACAGCCAAUGUUUUUUUUUCAGGACCAAAAAAAAGGACAAGACAAAAGAAACAAUCCUGCUGUAGCCUUCGGAGCUAGCGUUAGCGUUAGUUAGCGUACUGUACAAUCAAGAGGGCCUCAUUUUGAUACUGGACCUUCGUGCACACUGUGCCUGCAGGAGAGCAACCACACACUCUUACUUUUCUUUGUUUUGUUUGCCAACAGAUUCACUAGUUGGUCAUCUCACAAUUAUAACGAGGUCAGCCAUUUCCACUGCCGCUUUUUGUGGAGGUUAGCGUCCAAUUCCCAAGUGCCAUCCAUCUUCAUCUACAUAAUUGCCAUCUGUGGAGUCCGUUUUGAUUGUAGCAAAUUUUUAAUGCAGACGUCAGUGUUGCCAAGUUUAUGGACAAAUGUCAUUUAUUGCUUUUACGUUUGCAUUGUUUAAAAAAAAUAAUAUUUUCUCCUCCUCUACUGAAAUGGUAUGCAGUGUGUUGUGAAUGUCAAUGUGCCUUUUUUUGUUGUUGUUGUUUCAAGCAUAUGUUUUUAUUUGUAGCUAUUUAUUGUUGCUUUUUUAGUCAGAACUUAACUUUCCACACUGUAAUGGGCCACGUGAAAUUCCUCCGCACGCCCCGAGUUGGGCACCUGCGGCCAACCAUGUAUCCUCAAAAUGCUUUUUUUUUUUCCUUCUUUUUUUUUUAACGUCAAGAUACGAUUUGAUGCUUUGAGUCCCUCGUAAUCGAGACAUGAAAAAUUGGGAUUAGGAUGUGUAAAUCAAUCGAAAAUGUGUUGUCAACCUUUUGAACACAAGCGGCGACACCCUGUUGUGACUGUUUUCUGUCUCUAAGGAAAAAUCUAUUCGGUGAACAUUUCAUGCCGCCAUUUUUUUUUUUUUUUUUUUUUUCAGGAAAUGUUUCGCAGGAUGGCAGUGCGUGACACUCAGUUAUUUAUUACUAUUAUGAUUUACUUUAUAUUCCGUUGGUGAUGGUUAUGUUGUGGAACAUCAAAGAAUAACAGAAGAUGUCAAGGGGGGGGGGGGGAAAGGGCAUUUUCUGCUCAUCUAUGAUACAUUCCCACCUGUGCCCAUCAAUGUGUGGCUACAAAAAAAAAAUAAAGUUUCAAAUGAAAGCGUGUCAGUGCAAAGUUUACACUCCAUUAAAAAGAAAAAAAUGUUGCUCUGA